UCAACUCCCUGUUGAACGACAGUCUUCUCGCUCAAUUGUUUAUAAUAGUAUUUAAUAAGUUUAUAUUUGUAUAUUUUUUCACAGACGGAAAACAUGGAGGUCGUCGACUCAGUCUUCUACACUGACCAUAGUGGCCGAGUCAAAGGUAACCCGCUGUUGGACCAGCUCCCCAGCUACCAGUCCCUGCUGUACCGCAGGAAGUCAUCGACUGUUGGCCCCAAGCGAAGAAGCAGCUCCAGAGCGCGACGCGGCUCCUCUGGCAGCGGGAAAUGGGGCUUGAGCACCGUCGGCAGAAAUGAGGAGAAGCAGAAGCUUCUGAUGGCUCAGAGACCCAUCAGGGAACUCCUCAAGACCAUGGCCGAGAAACGCCGAGACAAAACCCAACGCCUGGAGGAGAACCGAGAGCUCAGCAGUUUGGGCCAGAGGGUGCAAAGCACCCGCAGGUACCUGAGGAGGCUGAGGGACGAUGCCCAUGAAUGGCUGAGCUCCUUGAAGCUCUGGAGGGGAGACAUCCACCUCAUAGAGGGGAUGUUCGGCACAGGCAUCCUGUCCUACUUCUCCUUCCUGCGCUUCCUGGUCACGCUCAACUUGAUCAUCUUUUUGCUCAUGUUCAGCUUCGUCAUGUUGCCCAUCAUCAUCGCCCCGACCGCUUCGGGAAACAUCACCUACAACCAGAACGACGGAGGGCUGUGCAGUGUUUAUCCGAGCAGCGCCCGUCGAGGUCUGGUCAUCUUCCACGAGCACAUUACUGAUCUGCUGUCGGGUGGAGGCUUUCUGGAACAGACCUAUCUUUUCUACGGCUACUACAAAGUGGACAAAAUACACUUUCCGAACAUCACUUACAAUUUGCCGCUGGCCUACCUGCUGGUCACCAUAGCCUACCUGUUCCUCAGUCUCAUCUGGAUAGUUAAAAGGUCGGCGACGGGAUUCAAGCGUAACCUGGUUCAGGACGAGGAUCGCUUUCAGAGCUUCUGCAACAAGAUCUUUUCUGGCUGGGACUUCUGCAUCACCAACGAGAACGCCGUGCGGCUGAAGAGGAGCAGUUUGCUCUACGAGCUCCGGACGGAUUUGGAGGAGGAGAGGAUCAAACAGAAAAUAGCCGAUCGCACCCGUCGGGAGAGAUGCCGGAUUUACCUCAUCCGCCUCAUCCUCAACCUCUUUGUCGUCGGCGUGCUGGCCAGCUGCUUCUACAGCAUUUACGAAGCCACCAUCUUCUCCCAGAAAGUACAGAUGGAUAAGAUAAAGGACAAUUUCAUCGUGGAUCUCAUCUACGAGUAUCUUCCCUCGAUCGUUAUCACCAUGGCCAACUUCGUCACCCCCCUCCUCUUCUCUGUUAUCAUCAACUAUGAGGACUACUCGCCCGCGUUUGAGAUCCGCUUCACGCUGAUGAGGUGUGUCUUCAUGCGGUUGACCAGUAUCGGGGUUCUGCUCUUCUCUCUGUGGUCUCAGAUCACUAAAUGUGAACAGGAGCCGUGCGUUUGCGGCUACAACCACAAGCUUUACUCCUGUUGGGAGACCCGUGUGGGCCAGGAGAUGUACAAACUCACCAUCUUUGACUUCAUCAUCAUCAUCGCCGUCACAAUCUUUGUGGAGUUUCCCAGGAAGCUGAUCGUGAACUACUGUGACUGCGGCGUGGCGAGGUGGUGGGGCCAGCAGGAGUUCGCCAUUCCUCAGAACGUGCUGGAGAUCGUCUACGGUCAGACCAUCUGCUGGAUCGGCACCUUCUACAGCCCGCUGCUGCCGGCCAUCUGCACCAUUAAAUACUUCUUCAUCUUCUAUAUCAAAAAGGUCUCGCUGAUAGCCAACUGCCGUCCGGCCGCGCGGCCGUUCCGAGCGUCCAGCUCCAACUUCUUCUUCCUGGUCGUGCUGCUGAUCGGCCUCGCGCUGGCCUGCCUGCCCGUGUCUUUCAGCGUGGCUCAGAUAAACUCCUCCCAGGCCUGUGGACCGUUUGUUAACUACAACACCUCCUGGGAGGUGCUGCCAGCCACAGUGUCCGAGCUGCCUCAUGGAAUCAAAACGCUCCUCUUCGCUCUCUCCUCGGAGGCCUUCGCCGUCUCCUUCUUUGUCGUCACGUGCUUGGCCAUGUUUUAUGUAAUCGCACUAGCUGGAGCUCACAAGAGAGUUAUUAACCAACUCAGGGAGCAGCUCGCCAUGGAGGGCCGUGACAAGCAUUUCUUGAUCCAAAAGCUGUGCCAGGCCCAGAGGCUCUCUGCCAUCAAGUCACCGGUGUCCAAAUCCCAGCCGCGCAAAAGCAGCAGCAGAAGCAGCCCGAGCUAUCACACCAGCUUCUCCAACAACUUUGACGAAGGUGUGUUUCUGGCGCACUCGCUCCACGACUCCUUCACACACGCGUGAGGGCCGGAUGUUACGGACCGGAGACCGGAGUAGAAAACCACAUGAAUAUCUGAAAGGAUGUGAGCGGCUAUGGACUUGUUGACGUUUGUGUUGUGUCUUUUCCGUGUUCUUGUGUCGACAAACUUCUUAUCAUGAAAACUACGAGGAGGCUACGAUGUUCAAGUAUUUUUUUAAACCAGAAUGAUCGUUGCCGGUCGGAUGGUUUGUGGCAUUUUUCUUCUUGUGGCAUCUUUUCCUUCCGAGAAGGACUUGACUUACUUUAUAUAACCACUGGCGGAAAAAACCUUCUGAAUUGUAUGCACUUUAAAUGUAUUAACACUAGUGUUUUCUUACUUUUUUAACUUUUGUGUCUACAUUACAGUCUGUUCAUUGUGUGUCUUUAUCAAAAACACUACGGGUGUGUGGUACUUGGUUGUAUUUUUCUAACCCAGGGCGCUAAACUGCAGCCCCCUGCUCCUUAAUGACUAAGGAUGCGUCAAAUGCAGAGAAGAAAUUUCCCACGGGGAUGAAUAAAAGUGUACAUUUCA